AUAAACUAAUGCAAUACAACACCAACUAAAUUGUAGCUGGUUUUUCUAUUCAUUCAAGCAUUAUGGCUUACGUUAAGCUAUCUCUUUUGCCUCUCCUCUUGCUUGCCACAUUUUUUUUAAUGUCCAUGAAGGAGGUAGAAGCAGUUUGUCCACUUGCUUGUGUUAUACAUAAGCCAAAAGGAUGUGGUGAAGGUUGUAAGUGUAUCCCCGUUUCAUUAACGGCUGGUGUCUGCAAAAAAGCAUCAUUUGAAGAUGUUACUAGGAUGGUAGAGAAACAUCCUAAGUUAUGUGAGUCUCAUGCCGACUGCACAAAAAAGGGAAGUGGGAGUUUUUGCGCUCGUUUUCGAAAUCCGGAGAUUGAAUAUGGUUGGUGUUUUGAUUCUAACCCUCAUGCACAAGCCUCGUUCAAGAAUGCUCUUAGCUCAGAGUUCUCAAACUUGUUGAAGAUGCCGUCAGCAGUUUCUACUUAAUAUGUACAGGAAAAGCCAUUCAUGCAUGAUCUCUUUACUUCAAUAAAAUUGCUUCAUAUGUCUUUAUUUCCAACUAAGUUUGGAUUUCUUGGACACUUUGAUUUCAAAAAUAAUAUAUGCAUGUGUAUGGGUAUGAACAUUGUUAUCUACGGUUUUAGUUUGCAAGUAAUGCAAUCUAAUUAUUAUAUGUAUGUUUUCUUGAAUCAUUUAGUGAGUAUUUAAUAAACAUUGGAGCUUGAUAUAA